AGCAGAAGUGGAGCCUGGGAGCCUGGGUCCUCCUCCUCCUCCUGAGGGCAGGGACAGCGGCUCUGCGUCCAGCAGACGGAGGGGCCAUGGCUCAGGGGGACCGUGGCCUCUGGCUGCCUUCAGCUCUGCUGCUGCUCGGGCUCCCAGGCUGUGUGUCUCUGAGUGGCCCCAACUCUGUGAAGGGCAUCAUGGGGAGAUCCUUGAGUGUGCAGUGUCGCUACGAGGAAAAAUACAGAAACCACCUGAAAUACUGGUGUAGAAGCCCGUGUUUGACAGAGCAGGCAGUGAUUGUGAAGACCAGAGCAUCAGAGAGAGAAGUGAGGAGCGGCCAUGUGAGCAUCAGGGAUGAGCCUGCUGCCCUGACCUUCACAGUGACCUGGGAGAACCUCACUGAGGAAGAUGCGGGGAAAUACUGCUGUGGGAUUGAUAGGCCUCUGACAUUGACAGAAUCAUGGCUGGAUCUCACCGUCAAGGUCACAGUCUCUGUGUUCCCAGCACCAACAGGGCAGUCACCAACAAGUGUCACUGCUGCCAAGACCUCGACACCUUCAACCACAAUUAACGUCGUGUCCCCAGACACGUGGCCUCAGACGUUCCACACGCCAGCCACAGAGAGCACCACCCACAGUGCCAGCAUCCUGGAGGAGGCCCAGUCAAGGAUAGGGUUCCAGGUGCUGCUUCCCCUGUUAGCUUUCCUGCUGCUGCUGUUGGGGGCGUCCUCACUGCUGGCCUGGAGGAUGGUUCGGAGACAGGCCAAAGCUGGUAGGAAUUCAGUGCCACUCCAGAACAGCAGUCAGAGCGAGCCCUGCUAUGCGAACCUGGAGCUGCAGACGAGGCCACUCCAGGGGCAGCCCAUGCACCCUCGGCCAGAAGAGGUGGUAUACAGCACAGUGGCUGCACCCAAGGAGGACGUGCACUACACCACGGUGGUGUUUGCAGCCCAGGACUCUAAGAGUGACGAGAAUCCAUUUCAGAGGCCCGUGGAUGAGCAGCCAGUGUACAGCUUGGUGAAGAAGCGAUGAACCUGGGCCUGGCCCUGCUCUCCGUCCCGGCCCCAGCCUGCCCUCCUCAAGGUGGCUAAUAAGGCAUCAGACUCCCACAGACUGUUUCUCUGUUGCCGGAAUGAAAGGACAGGCAGGGAGGGUCCUUGCUCUGGCUGUCAGUCCUCUUUCUCAACUUCAUCCCUGCAGCAGUGGUGUGGUGUGGUGUGUGUGUGUGUGUGGUGUGUGUGGUGUGUGUGUGUAUGUGGGG